GCCGGCAUUUCCGGUCUGUUUAGCGACGAAAAGAUCAAGCGUUGUACAACACACACAGUCACACACGCAUACAUAUAUAUACAGUCUAAUUCCUCGGGAUUACAGCUGGCUAAUCCAAUCGAGCGGAGAAACGCUGGGCUGUAUCCAUCCCUGUCUGAAGCGCGUGUUCGCUGCCGUACAAUUUCUGACAGGGAAAUGAUACACUUGUCAAACGACGGCUGGUGUGCCGGCAGUUUAGGAAAAAACAGCUGUCGGUGCGGGGAUUUAAUUUGACUGCUGCGGUCGCAUGUAUAACACGAGUACCGGCUGAUGUUUACCGUGUACGAGUAUCUUCUCAUCACUCGCCGGCAGAACGCGGUCGCUCGGUGGAGGGUGUGUUUGUGGAUUUAAUUUAUUAUUAAUCAGUGUGGGAUGUCUGUGGAUUGAUACUGCGAGGCAGUCGGGGUGUUUUGUGCAAAUAAUGCAGCGCUUGUGAAGGAGACGGACUGUUUGUAUUUACCGUGUUCCCGACUGUGAAAUAUCGGGUGAAGACUGCGGAUUAUUUAUAGCCACAUAUAUAUUUAUUUCGACUGCGCACUGGAUGGCGCCCAGUGAAUGCCCGGCGUAAUGCGCUGCCGCGGCAUGUCCCGAUUGGGAGCGGCUACGCAGCGGUGUCAAUUCGGCCAGCGGCGCCAAUUAAUCGUCCAGCUGCUGCUACUAAUAUUCCACAUGGCCCUGCCGCCCGUCGGAGCAGGCAGCGCGGUAACCGCCGCGAAGGGCGGUUGCCACCCGGCCUGUUAUUGCACUCAGCAUUCUAUCAGCUGUCGGCGGACGGACACCCUCCAACGGAUUCCCCAACUGGCCUCCGUUCAGUGGAUGGCCAAUAUCACCGAAAUACUGGUCGACCAUCAAUCAGCGCUGACCAGCAUUGACGCAGCGGAUCUCAAAGAUUACAUCAACCUGGAAAAACUAAGCGUAGAGCACAGCGGCCUGCAGCGUAUCGCCAGCGACGCCUUGGCCAGCACACCCAAACUACAGCAUCUGCAUUUACGCGGGAAUCAGCUGCGGACGCUGGCACGGACCCUAGUCGACCGGCUCAGUGUGCAGGAAGUGCUGAUCCAGGACAAUCCGCUGGACUGCGUGUGCGCCAAUAAAUGGAUGCUGGCGCUGAUUGUGGCGCGGCCCGGGGAAACGGCGACACCGCUGCGCUGUCGCAGCGCCGACACAGGACGCUGGCAUCCCCUCGGCGAGGCCGCUAUUCCCCGAUGCGAAACCCCCGUUCUGGACGUCACUCCGCGUGUGACCCGCCUCCGCGAAGGCGCCAACGCUAGUUUCACGUGUUUCGCCACCGGUGUCCCCCCACCCACCGUCGCCUGGACCACGGCGACCCUGCAGUCCCGCUAUGACGUCACGCGGGUCAACGACACCGCGGUGGUGCUGCGAAUCGUUGCGGCGCACCAUCAGGAUAACGGCUGGUUAACGUGUACGGCGCAGAAUGAAGCCGGCACGGUGUCAGUGCCGAGCCGGAUAAUUAUAGAUGGACCGCCGCGCAUCACCAUGGGUGAGGCUGUCAAGGGACUGUACACCACCGUGGAGUUCAACGUCACGGGACAUCCCAUUCCCAGCGUCAGGUGGUAUAAAGACGGGGUGCCACUGCAAAUGGGGACGACGAUUAAGUCCCGCACCCAGGAGUCGCUGGAGCUGGCGACACUCACGGGACAGUUGACCUUUGAGGGCGAAUCGCCCACGCAUUCCGGGAAUUAUACGCUGGUGGCCGAGAACGAGUACGGCAGCGCCAACAGCACGCGGGAAAUCAAACGCAAUCCGCUGCCUAAACACGCCUUUAAAGGCGGCGGCCGGCCCAUCCUCUCGGAGAUGGCCAACACCCACCCCCUGCACCGCCUCCCCACCACGGCGGCCACCACUACCGACGCGCCGCUCUCGCAGACGCACAUCGGCAUCAUCGUGGGCGUGGCCGUGGUGGUCUUCCUUUGCAGCAUCGGCAUCCUUUUCUUCCUGGUAUACCUCCGCAGCCGGCACCGCAAGCAGCAGCGCCCCCUGCCGCUCAACCAGCUCCUCCUGCGCAGCGGCGCCACCGCCAGCGACCAGCCCCUACUCUGCUCCGGCAGCAGCACCGUCUCGGGCGGCAGUGUCUCGGUGCUGCGCAAUAUGAUCGAGAACCCGUCGUACUUUGUGCGGCCGCUGACCAGCGGGAAUACCGGGCAGAUUCAGCAUAUCCCGCGGCAUCUGCUGGUCUUCCAGAAAGAGCUGGGGGAGGGGGCGUUCGGGCGGGUGUUCCUGGCGAAGUAUUUUGAUUCGGCGGAGACCUCGCGGAUGGUGGCGAUUAAGACGCUGAAGGACCGGGUGAAGCAGGAUACGGUGCUGGAUUUUGAGCGCGAGGCGGAGGUGCUGACCAGCUUCCAGCACGAGAAUAUCAUACGGUUUUAUGGGAUUUGCACGGAUGGGGAUAAGGAGCGGAUGAUGGUGCUGGAGUAUAUGGAGGAGGGUGAUCUCAACAAUUAUUUAAGGACGCAUGGUCCGGACGCUCAGAUCCUGAUGGCACACAGCGGCGACGCCCCGGGCGGCAGCGGCGUGGCCUUGCUCAAGCUAGCUGAUCUCUUUUACGUGGCCGUUCAGGUGGCCAACGGGAUGGCCUAUCUCGCGGCGCAACAUUUUGUACACAGGGAUUUGGCCACCCGCAACUGUCUGGUGGGCGAGAAGCUGACGGUGAAGAUCGGGGAUUUCGGGAUGUCGCGGGAUCUGUACAGCAGCGACUACUAUAAAGUGGGCGAACAGGCGCUGCUGCCGGUACGCUGGAUGCCGCCCGAGAGCGUCGUCUACCGGCGUUUCACCGUGGAAAGCGACGUGUGGUCGUUUGGUGUCGUUCUGUGGGAGAUCUUCACCUACGGCAAACAGCCGUGGUACGCCUUCUCCAAUUACGAGGUUAUUAAGCAGAUCAAGGAGGGCGCGCUGCUGGAGCAGCCAUGCAAGUGUCCGGAGUCGGUGUACAAGCUGAUGCUGCGCUGCUGGAAGCGCAGUCCCUCCGACCGCAUCCCCAUGAAAGCCAUGUACGCCGCGCUGAAGGACAUGCAUUCCAAGCUGAAGGUCGCCGGCCAGACCGAUCUCGAGCCCUUCUACACCGAUGUCAUCGAACAUUAAAGUUAUUAUUCUGAUCAGUUUUCUGUUGAUCGGAUUCUGUAUAGUUUUUGUUGUCUUUCAUCUUUGCGGUACUUCCCAAUAUCUUCCUCUUCGUCAAUAGAUAUACGCAGAUUCCAUAUAAAGCAUAUAGAA